AGAGGAUAAUAAUAAUAGAAGAACAUAUGGGUUCGGUUCAAAAUCAUAAAUGACAUCUUGAACUUCUUCAUUCUUCAUGGAGAUUCUCUCCGAUUGUGAAUUUUGAUAUAGCAACAUGAUAUUUGGAUAACAUACUAAAAUUCUGAAAAGAAAUUAAAAUGCAUUUAGAUAAAAGAAUAAAAAUAAAAGUAUGAUUAGUUAGUUUUUGUUUGUUCUUCAAAAUCAAAAUAACAGAUUUUUCAUUUGGGACCCGCAUGGGGACCAUCCGUACAAACAAAUAAACCCUAAUAUCCGUACAAAAGGGAAAAGAAUCUGAAUUUCCCCAAUUUCUUUAUUAAUAAUUCCCUCAUUCAAUCUUGAUCGCAGCCACGCACCGCCGCGCCAAACCUCUGAUCCCAUCUUUGAUUCAUCUGCAGGUGGUCGAGGAUGGAGAAAAAGUGGAAAGGUGAGAUUAAGAAAUUAUCAAAUUCGGAGUUUCCACCUGAUAAUAUAAUUCAGGUAAUACUCUCGAAAGUCCCUUUAUUCAAUUUGACCAGUUGCAGGCUCGUUUGUAAAUCAUGGAACAAUCUUGUUUUAACUUGUAAGUUUGAUCCUUCACUCUUCAUUUCCCUUGCCUAUGAUUGUCCCUCUCGCACUCUCUAUUGUGUGGACUUCGAUCCUAUGUAUUCGGAAGGAAUGAAUAGUGUUGGUUCAUUUAGCUUCCAUCCUAAAUUUUCCACCAGUUCCAGUUCCAUCUCCAUUAUCAAUGCCUGCAACGGACUCCUUUCUCUUCUUAUCUCUAAAAGAAAACCAGGAUCUGUAUCUUAUGUUCUUGGCAUAUUAAACCCCAUGACAAACGAGUACUUCAAAUUUCCCGCUGAGAAAUCGAAAUCACAUUGUUGUUGUGGUAGACUAUAUAGCUACGGAUUAGGAUUCAAUCCUAAAAAAAAGCAGUACAAAAUAGCAAGAACCUCCUUUAGACCCGAUGAAUCCACUACCUUAGUAGAGAUUUUUGCGUUUGGUUCUAUUUACCAAGUUUGGACCUCUGUUGGGUUUUUGCCUUCUCUUGUCGUUGAAGACCAUGGCGUUUAUUUCAAUGGAGGCCUCUACUGGGUCGCAAACCAGCCGGACCCACAUGAUUCUUCUAUUAGUACCAUUUACCGUUUGGAUAUAGAAAAUGAGAAUCUAGAGAAAAUUUCAUGUCCCCAACAUCUCGGUGGUCAUUUUUUCUUUGGAGUUUUUGAUGGUACCCUCUAUCUAACUGUUUCCAAGAAUAACAAGUACCAGGUGUGGAAGAUGAAAGAUAAUUUUUCAUGGAUUAAAGCAUUUGUUAUAUCUAGUCCAAGAAAUUUGUGUCAUCCUGACCAUCCUCACCAACCUUGGGGAGUAUCUCAGCUCGAUCCCAUCAAAGCUUGUGAAGAUGGGAAGAUAUUGUGUCUUCUUGCGGGACUCCAUUUAAUACUGUAUGACCCCAAGACUAAGAGCGCGGAGAUAUUGACUGAUCAAAGUGUUAAAGUUGAGAAACAUCUUCAUGUUCAUCAUAUUGACUCCUUCAAUUUUAAUUCUCUCCCCAACAUUUUGGCAGGAAACAGUUGAAUGAUGAGAUUGUUAGCAUCAAAGGGGCUGUUCAAAAUGCAAUGGUGCUCCUUUGCUGAUUAUCGUUGGGGGAGAGUCUGUUUAGCUUGUUCAAAGUGCAUUGGUGUUGGCCCAAGAAAGCUUCCAAUGCCCUUCUACACUAACGGUCCUUAGUUAAAUGUUCAGACAAAAUCACAAAAAUCCUUUGGUCUAGUUCAAUCUUUGCCUUUUUUUGGUGCUUGUGAUUUGAAAGAAACUCUGGAACCUUUCAUGAUCAAGAAACUAGCCUGGAUUGGUUACUCUUUCUACUUCAACUUUGUCUUUUACCUCUAAAUUCUUUUGUAAUUACAACCUGAACCUAACUCAAAUUUAUACUAGUUGGGCUCUUUUCCUGA